AUGAGCACAACUGACACACCGCCACCGUUCGACAACUCUCCGAACGCACUUCUUGUUUCUGCUUCCUAUGACUUAUCGAUUCGUUUGUGGCAACUAGCGUCCGGAAAGUGUAUCGGAACAAUCCCUCACAACGAAGGACAGGUUAAUGCGUUAAGUCUGACGUCAACUGGAAGAGAUUUAGCGGUUGGUGCUUGGCAAAGAGUCCGAAUUUACGAUGUGUCAUCUGGAAAAGAUCCGAAAGCAACCAUCGAACUGCCGAGAAAUGUCACUGUUGUUGGAUUUGAGGCAGCAGGAAGAUGGAUGUACACUGGAGGAGAAGACGGAGUUUGUCGCAUUUGGGAGAUGAGGAACAAUCAGUUGGUUGCAAAUCGGCUGCUCUCUUUCUCAGGAAACGGAGUAACAAGCAUCGUGCCAAACACCAACCAAACAGAUUUAUUCAUAUCCACAAAUUCUGGACAUGUUUGGAUCUGGGAUGUUGUCAAUCAUAUGUUCAUGAGGCUUCCAAUGCCUGAUGACCUGAGAAUGCAAGAAUAUGUUCACAGGUUGGCUGUUCAUCCAUCAGGCAAAAAACUAUCAGGAGUGACAAAUCAAGGUCGUCUUCUGUGUUGGGACUUGAUGACCAGACAAGUGGAAGCUCACUCAUUUGAUAUGUUCAAGUCUCCAAUUGUACCUAUAGAGCAAGAUACUGGCACUUAUGGUUGUCUCCGUGAUGAGGAUAGGCAGCAUCGAAUGCAAACAGGACAUGGAAUAUCAUGUAGAUACAGUCCAGAUGGCAAAUGGAUUGUGGCUUCUGGAUCAGAAAAAGAUGUGUAUGUUUAUAAUUCGGAGACAAUGGAUCAGGUGGCUACGUUGCCUACUGGUUGCGGAUGGAAUUGGGAUGCUAUUUUCUCAUCGGAAGGAAGAUACAUCUUUACCGGUGGGGAUGACAAUCAAGUGAAAAUUUGGGACGUCAUCAACAGUAAGAAAGUUGCACAGUGGGACGGCCAUGGGAAGCCAAUUACGGCCAUGUGCAUAAACGGUCCAACUCCCUAG